AUGUCGACGGCGAGCAGCACCCCCGCCGCGACAGUCACCGUCACUCUUCCCGCGACUGCGCCAUCUAAUGACCCUCCCACUCAGCCUACCACUGGCGGCGUCAAUUCCGCAACAGGCACGACAGCUACUAGCACAACAUCCUCUCCAGCGACCACCGUCUCCGGAAGUGCCCCCCCUGCGAAAACCCAGAGAGCGGGGCUUAAUAUGGCAGACUUCCUAGCGAAGAACCCGCUUCCGAAGCCUCAGGCGCUCACAGCGAACGUCAAAGCGAGCCAGACCACCCCGGCAGUGACGCCCGCAACCGUUCAGUCUCCGACCUGCGUCAUCAUGCCCUGCGAGGAAGAGCUACGGCACGAUUUCUGUGCUGAGCGGCUGAUUAACGCGGUCGCAGCGUCGGCAGGAAUCGCGGCCCGAACGCUGGGAAGGAAAAUCCACCAAUUCUGGGAUAUUGGGCAGACAGUUACUUUCUCCUUCAUAUCUGGACAUCCCAACCAGCAGACAAAGGCCGCCUAUUUGCUCACCGCCCCAUACGCCUUCUACUGGAUCAAUUUGUCGUUCAGCCAGGUCGCGCAGGAUGGCGAUAUCCGGAUUUCAUUUGAUUCGACGAUGGGCAACUGGGUUUACGUCGGCCGCACUGCCGCGGAGGUUCCAAAGCCGCGACCGACGCUCAACUUUGCUUCGCUCACGGAGGAUAGCAAUACGACGGCAGAGGAGUGGAAUGUCAUGAAUCACAUGGUGGGGCAUAUCUACGGGUUGUUGCACGAGUAUCCAGGCGAGUCGAAUGCUACUGUCGGCCAAAUACCCACGCUGGACGCAAAGCUGGUGCACGAGUACUACGCAUACACGCUGGGCUGGGACGUCAAAAAAAUCGACCGCCACAUCCUCGACGUUUAUGCCUCUGCGCCGCUGUCCAAUUUUCCCGCCUACAAUCCCGACUCGCUCAUGCGCUACUUUAUGCCCGCCGCGCUGAACACGAACAGCACGCCGACGUGGCCCGACGCAGCGACGUACCCUGCCGCGCCGACGAAUAUGGCGAACCAGGACAUAAGUUACCUUGGGUGUGUUUACCCGAUCACGCUCCCCGGCAUCGAUACGUCGCUCAGUGGACUCGGCAUUGAUCCGGACGCGAAGGCCGCGUUCAAAGCGGCACUCAACGCUGGAAAUUUGAAUCAAGCGCGCGCGAUUGCGUGUGCGUGGUGCAUCGUCGGGCGCUCCGCGACCGUUAAGGCGUAG